AUGUACGAAAACGAAAAAGAGUCCAUUGAACUCGGCAUUAUUGGUGCUGGUGGCAUGGGUCGUUUCUAUGCCCAAACCAUAUCAAAAGCUGGAUGGAAAAAUGUCAACAUUUGUGAUCUUCCAGAGAAAUACGAAAGCGUAAAGAAGGACUUUGAAGGUACCAAUAUCAAUGUGCUUCCUGAUGGCUAUCAUAUUUCGAGACGCUGUGAUUGGAUUAUGUAUGCUGUGGAGGCCGAGUACAUUGAUGCCGUUGUAAAGAAGUACGGUCCAGCUACAAAGAUGGGCGCUAUUGUGGGUGGUCAGACUUCUGUCAAAAAACCCGAAGUGGAGGCCUUGGAGAAAUACUUGCCAGAGGACGUACACAUUAUCUCAUGUCAUUCCAUGCACGGACCAGGAGUGGAUCCCAAAGGCCAGCCUCUGAUCGUGAUCAAGCAUCGUGCCACUGACGAGAAGCUCGACCUUGUCUUAAAGAUUUUGUCUUGCUUCAACUCCAACAUUGCGCAUUUGAGUGCGGAGGAACAUGACCGUAUCACAGCAGACACACAGGCAGUGACACACGCUGCAUUUUUGACAAUGGGUAGCGCAUGGAAAGCCAAUGCUCAAUUUCCUUGGUUGCUGCCUCACUUUACAGGCGGCAUUGAGAAUGUCAAGGUGAAUGUAGCAUUACGUAUUUACAGUAACAAAUGGCACGUAUACGCUGGUCUUGCCAUCAUGAACCCCAUCGCCAAUCAACAAAUCACACAAUACGCACUCAGUGUAGCAGACUUAUUUAAAUUGAUGAUCCAGGAGAAAGAGGAGGAAUUCCGUGCUCGAGUCAAAAAGGCAGGCGAAUUUGUGUUUGGCGGCUUACAGAAAGAUCACGUCCCCAUUUUGCUGGACGACAAGAUUUUAGACGAAUUCUCACUUUCAAAGAUCCCCAAAGAGCAACGCACUCCCAACUCACAUUUGUCGCUAUUGGCCAUGGUCGAUUGUUGGCAUAGAUUAGGAUUAAACCCCUAUGAGCAUCUCGUGUGUCAAACGCCACUAUUCAGAAUGUGGAUGGGUAUCACCGAAUAUCUGUUUCGUAAUCAAGCCAUGUUGGAUGAUGCGAUCAAUGCAGCAUUGUAUCGCAAAGAUAUUCGACCUGAUGAUAUGGAGUUUGUCACUUGUGCUAGAGGUUGGGCAGAAUCUGUGUCUCUUGGCAGCAUGGAGGGCUAUAGAAAGCGAUUCGAGGAGACAGCCGGAUUUUUCAAAGAUCAGUUUGCAGAGAGCACAGUUGUUGGUAACAGAAUGAUUGCCAUGAUUACAAAGAACACUUCCAAAUAA